AUGGCAGUGUACAUCUCGGCCGGCCGGCACAGCUACGUGACGCAAUCUGCAAUGGUGGCAGUCCUCAAGGCGGUGCGCGACCACGGCCUCCCAGAGCGCAUUAGCCGACAAACCUUGAAGAGAACACGGCAGCAAGAGUUGCCGAAGGACACUGCCCUAGGAGACCUUUGGCGAACCAUCGAGUUAGAGCUUCAAGACGGGAGCAGUCUCAGUCUGCCCGUGGUGAGCCCUCUGCCACUCUUGCAAGUGUGCGUGAGCCGCAGCCCUCAGUUUGGUCAAUUCCUGGCAGAGAAGCUGGGCGCAAACGACAAUGAGAAGGACCCUCAGCUCCAGGUCCUUUUGUACUGCGAUGAGGUUGUGCCUGGCAAUGUCCUGAAAGGCAAUAACCAGCGAAAACUGGUUAGCUUUUAUUGGUCCGUGGGUCAAUACGGCGCAUCCAUCUCCAGGGAGGACCUUUGGAUGCACAUCUGCGCUGUGCGCUCAAGCCGCCUCAAGGACGGUGUCAUGCUGACCUUUCCAGGCGAGCGACGCCGCAUGGUCUUCGGACGCAUUACCAUGGUUGUCGCCGACGAGGUGGCUUUGAAGCAAAUGUGGUCAGUCAAAGGCUCGAGCGGGACCAUGCUCUGCUUCAGGUGCCGCAACCUUGUUGCGUGGAGCUCGAGGCUUGACGAGUACGGGCCAAAUUUGGUCCCGAGUUGCCAGACCAAUUUGGAGAACGUCAUCCCCCACACUGACCGAUCGAUCCUCGACAACGCUCAGUACUUGCGCCAGCAAAAGCCUAUGGUGAACAAAACAACAUUCGAAAAAUUGGAGCAGUCCCUGGGCCUUUCCUUUGCGCCUGACGGCGCCUUGUGGGACCAGGAAUUUUGCAGGUACCUUCAAGGAGGCCCCAUCUCAGUGACUUGCUUCGACUGGAUGCCCAUUUUCCUAGUGUCUGGCCUCUGGAACUCGGAGUGCGAUGAACUCCACAGGUCUUGCAAGAUCACUUCGGAGAUGAUUCACGCAUACGUUGCUGAUGUGAAGUUUCCCAGUAAAAUCGUGUCCAAGGGGGGCAGCGGCGCGCAAGUCUUCCGGGGCCGCGCUCCUGGCUCCGGUGAAAUCAAGGCUUCAGCCAGCGAGGGCCUGAAUUUGUACACUGUCCUCAGGGCUUUGCUCGCAGACAUGGUGAUGUCAUAUAACGCCCUGGCUGCGGUGCUUGACUUGCUUGUCGAAACACGGAGCAGGCCGGUGUGCCCUGACGCCCUUCAGGCUGCAGUGCAAUCGCACUUGCAUCACCGCCUGGCAGCGUACGGAGCAGCAGCCUUCCCCCCAAAGGCGCACUACAGCCACCACCUUGCAGACCAAUUGCGCCGCCAUGGUGCUUUGGUUUCAUUGUGGACGCAUGAGCGAAAACAUAAAGAGCUGAAGAAGUGGGCAAAUCAAUCCCACAACGCCAGCAAAGGCUCAAGUUGGGAGCGAGGCCUCCUGGAAGAGGUGGUGCUUCAACAGGCGCUGGCCCUUGAGGAGUGGCAUGGCAGGGAGGGGACGUGCCUUUUGAGCCCCCACGCCGGCUCCCAAGAUCUCCUUAGUUUCUUCCAGGCAAGGGGGAUCUUUGUAAAUUCUUGCGAAGCAUCUUUGCGUGCUCUUGUCAAAGGCGAGCCAGUCUCCAAGGAGACGUGGUCUCAUUUCAAGUCAACGCAGAGCUCGCAGUAG